AUGACCAAAAUAUUUAAACUUGGUUCUAGCACCGGAAAAUCCGUCCAACAACUACCAGGCUGUCCUCAUAUUGUAUCUCGAGCUGAAUGGGGUGCUCGACCACCAAGGAGAGUGGCCCAAAACCUCCCACAUGUUCCUCAAAACGUCUACAUCCAUCAUGGCGCCUCUGGUUCCUGUACAACCCAAUCAGCAUGCUCUAAAGUAGUCAGACAAUACCAAAACUACCAUAUGGACACACAUGGAUGGCCAGAUAUUGGUUAUACGUUUGUUAUUGGUGAAGAUGGUAAUGUAUAUGAAGCAUAUGGUUGGGGUAAAAUAGGAACACAUACACUCAAUCACAACUCAGAUGGUUUAGGUUUCUGUGUGAUUGGUGAUUUUACUAACCAUGUACCUAACGCUGCUGCUAUUAAUGCUGUCAAACAGCUGAUAGAUUGUGGCGUAAGAAACGGUAAAAUACGACAGGAUUAUAUUAUCAAAGGUCAUCGUGAUGUCAGACAAACAGCUUGUCCGGGGCAGAAGUUUUAUGAAUUGAUUAGAACUUGGCCUCAUUAUAAUGCUCAUUAA